AUGGCCAACGGGCAGGUUCAACAAGUAAAUGGCGUCCAUAAAACGCUGCCCCGUUUACAAAUAAUUGACGAAAACCAGCAUUUUUCGCAAGAGCUUCCAGAGUACAUGAAAGAAUGGGGACUGGCUGACUCAGGAUUUAACUAUAAUCUUGUUGCUGUAUUUGGGUCACAGAGUACUGGAAAAAGUACUUUGCUAAAUCGACUUUUUGGGACAAAUUUCGACGUUAUGAGUGAAACUGCACGACGUCAAACUACCAAAGGAAUUUGGAUGAGUCAGGGGAAGGAUAUGAAUGUGUUGAUCAUGGAUGUUGAAGGUACAGAUGGCCGUGAACGUGGUGAAGAUCAGGAUUUCGAAAGGAAAAGCGCUUUGUUCUCCAUGGCCACAUCCAAUGUUAUUAUUGUAAAUCUCUGGGAACAUCAAGUCGGUCUAUAUCAGGGUGCCAAUAUGGGGCUUCUAAAAACCGUGUUCGAAGUGAAUUUACAAUUAUUUCAGGCUGCAAGAGGAAAAGAGAAGACAUUGUUGCUCUUUGUCAUUAGAGAUCAUGUUGGAUCAACCCCUUUAGAAAAUCUGUCGGCUACAUUAACAAAUGAUUUAGAAAGAAUUUGGCAGAGCGUUUCAAAGCCGGAAGGAUUGGAAAAUUGUGUGAUCAAAGAUUAUUUUGACUUCAUGUUUACCACAUUGCCUCAUAAAAUCCUUUUGCCAAAGGAGUUUGACCAAGAGGUGGUCAAAUUGCGAGCACGGUUUGUGGAUCCAAACCAUAAGGAUUUUGUUUUCAAACCGAAUUACAGCAAACGAGUGCCUGCUGAUGGUUUCCACGUUUAUUGUCAAGGUAUUUGGGAUCAAAUUAUGUCCAACAAGGACCUUGACUUGCCAACACAACAAGAAUUAUUGGCGCAAUACCGUUGCGAUGAGAUAGCAACGGUAGCUUUUGAUGCUUUCCUCGGAAAAAUAAAAGAGUUUAGGCAGCCUAUUGAAUCUGGGAAAAUCAUCGAUGAUUUAGGGCCUAAAAUGGAAGAGAUUAGAAAUGCUACCCUCAAACAAUUUGAUAAGGACGCUUCUCGCUACCAUUCAGAAGUUUACAACCGCAAACGUACAGAAAUUUUUAAUAAAACAAAUUCACAACUACACGUUUUUUUUUUGGGUCAGCUAAAAAAUUUGACCAAGAAAGCUUUAACAACAUUCAAUGCUCGUGUUCAGGCAAGUUUGAAAGGAGAAUACGAUUUUGCUAAGGUUGUUAACGAUUCUCGUGAGGAAGCUGAAAGUCUUUUUUCUGAUGGAGCAAAAUCUAUUCUAUUGACAAAAACUGAUUGGACAUAUGAAGAGGAAUAUGCGCAAUUGAAAGAAGCGAUUGAUGAAAUAUCCGCAAAAUCACGUGUUGAAGAAACGAAAAAGAUGAUCAAGACUUUGGAGAAAUCCUUUCAAGCUCAAGUUAGCGAGUUCGUCUCUUUAUAUUUCAAAACACCCAAUCAAGACAUGUGGGACAAGAUUCUCAAAAAGUUUGAGCAAGUUCUUUUUGACCAUGAACAAUUAUUAUUGAAACGUGCAAAAAGUUUUAAUUCUUCCGAAGAAGAAAACGCAAAAUCUAUUGAAAAUCUUCGCAAGCGUUCCUGGCAACAGCUACGCAAAAAAAUAGAUGAUGAACUUGCUGAAAAUAUUUUCUUACUUAAACUACGUGAAAGAUUUGAGGAAAAAUUCCGGUAUGAUGAAGAAGGAUUACCAAAAGUAUGGAAACCCGAUGAUAACAUCGAUGCACAUUUCAGAAAAGCAAGAGAUGAGGCGCUCAACUUAAUACCAUUAUUCUCCACGAUUAAAAUACCUGAUAGCGUAGAGCUGGACAUACCUUCAGAUGAUGAAUUUAAUUUCGAAGAUUCACUGAUAAUUCUCUCAGAGACAAAACAACAUGAUCUGUCUGUUCGUUUCAAAAGAGAAUCGGAUGCUUUCUAUCUAGAAGCAAAACGUUCGGUAGUAGCAACGACGGCUCGCGUGCCGUACUGGAUGAUCGUUUUGCUAGUUUUGCUUGGUUGGGACGAGCUCUUGAUUAUUCUCACAUCUCCAAUGUACCUUAUGUUCGUUUGCUUUUUUGGCUUUAUCGGAUACAUAAUUUAUAUGUUAAAUCUUUUGGGACCAGUCGAAUCUGCUGCUCGUAUGAUAGCAGCAAAUGUACUCGACCUUAUAAGACAACAAGUCAGAGAUGGUCUGAACAAGACACCUGCAUCUGCAGUUGCAAAAACCUUUGGCAUUGAUGGCGGCGAUGAAGUCGCUACAAAAAAAGAACAGUAG